AUGUCAACUCUGACGAAGGGAUUGGGCAAGACAGCCCUUACUUCCAAAAGGCUUUUUACAUUGGUCGCUAGAGGGAUUCAUAGAAGACACCGGUCGAAAAGCAAUUGGAACUGGUCAAGAUUGGGAAAUUCGACUUGUGGAGUGAUUUCAAGGGUGCAGUUUUCUACAACGACAAAUGCACAAGUAAUAUACAAAAGCCCUGUUGCGGAUGUAGAUAUUAAGACAGAGUCAUUGCCGGAAUACCUCCUUCCAAAGUUCAAGAUGUUUGGAAACAGACUGGCACUUAUAGACAACGAAACAGGUAAAUCUUACACUUACAUGCAAUUGAGGGACGCAGUGAUAAAGGUGGCCAGUGCUCUUAGAAGAUUGGGUUACAGAAAGGGGGAUGUACUCUGUAUGUGUUCCACUAAUAAUACAGAGUACGCCAUCCUCAUACUAGCUUGUGUGACAUCUGGAAUUAUACUCACUACCACGAAUCCCGUCUACACUUCUGAUGAACUUGCACGGCAUCUCCAUCAUUCAGGGUCAACAGGUGUCAUAGUCAUUGAUGCCCUGUUGCCACAUGUCAAAGAGGUUAUAAAGGCAGACCGUAAUCUUCAAAACAAUAUAAAGAAUGUCAUCGUGAUUGGCCAGGCGAAUGAAUAUCGACCGUUCUCGUCUCUCCUAGAAGACGAUGGUGGCUUCUUUGUAGAAAACAUAGACUUUGAUCCACACAAUGACGUGGUGUUAUUACCCUAUUCCAGCGGCACAUCAGGGUUCCCAAAGGGUGUUAUGCUUACACACAUGAAUAUUGUUUCAAAUCUGCAACAAUUCAGAACGAUAUCAAAACCUAACGAUGAUGACACGAGUUUGUGCAUACUUCCUCUCUACCAUUGCUACGGUAUGAUACCCCUACUGAUGGGGGUUCUCCAGGAGGGAGGCACUCUGGUAACCAUGCCUCGGUUUGAACCCGAAUCUUUCCUCACUGCUAUUCAGAAGUACAAAGUGACGAUACUGCACAUGGUUCCACCUAUCGUCUUAUUCCUGGCCAAACAUCCGAUGGUGAUUAAGUAUGACCUAACCAGUGUGCAAACGUCUUGCUCUUCCGCUGCGCCUUUGGCUGUCUCCUUGUGUAACGAAUACGAAAACCGAUUCAAAUCAACAGUCAUUCAAGGCUACGGUAUGACAGAACUGAGUCCAGUUGCCACCAUAGAUACUGAAUCAUCCAUUCACGCUGGAACUGUUGGAUUUUUGGUGCCUAAUAGUGGUGCAAAGAUUGUCAGUUUAGAGACGGGAGCUGAACUCGGACAUGGUGAGACGGGCGAAAUUUGUGUACGGGGACCGCAAGUCAUGAAAGGAUAUUAUAACAACAAAGAGGCUACAAACGAAACAAUUAGAGACGGGUGGCUUCAUACAGGUGAUGUUGGUUACGUGAAUGAUGACGGGUGUUUUGUGAUCACAGAUAGAAAAAAAGAACUGAUUAAGUACAAGGGAUUUCAGGUAGCACCGGCUGAACUGGAAGACAUUCUACUUAGACAUCCGGGCAUUCAGGACGCUGCUGUAAUCGGUGUCCAGGAUGAGGAUGCAGGCGAAGUGCCAAGAGCUUAUGUGGUCAGCAAACCAAACCAAACACUAUCAUGUGAAAACGUGUCAAAAUAUGUCGAAGAUAACGUUUCACCCUACAAGAAGCUCCGAGGAGGAGUUGAAAUAGUAGAACAAGUUCCUAAGUCUCCUUCAGGGAAAAUUCUCAGACGCAUUCUCCGAGAAAAAUAUCGAGAAGACAAGUGCCAUUGA